AUGUUAUCAUUAGAUUAGCUUAAAAUUUUAGUUUAGCAAAACAUGCAGAAGGAUGGCUUUCUAGAUAAUAUGAGAGCCAAACUCAAGCUUUAAACAUUCAAAAUUAUAGAUAAUUAAUCUAAGGGUAUAAAAGACAGCGCUGGCUUCUAAUGGGAACAUCCUCAAUUGCAAAAUUUAAAAAGCAUAGAAUAUGGAUAAAUGUGUUUAGAGUUGAUUUAUGAAUUCUUAGAUUUUUUUAGAUUAGAUUACACACUUGAAGUGUUCAAAAAAGAAGUUGCAAUUAACUCAAAGGUUCAAAGAAAGCAAUUAGAAAACGAUAUAAAUUUUAGAAAAACUCCAGAUUCAAGCAAGCCAUUAUUUUUAAAUAUAUUUACUGACUAUGUGCAUAUUCUUGAAAAUGGAUUAGUUGCAAUGAAUUCGCCUAAAAAUGCUUUGGAUUAUUCAAAUGCAAAUUUAAAUAAUUUCUCUGUAAGCUAUAAUAAUGAUACAUAUAACGCAAAAGAAAAGGAGAAGGAUAAUGUAGAGGAAAGCAGAAACAGCUACGAUUAGAGCUAUGAUAAAUAUGAAGUAAAGAAAGAUAAUUGGACUGCUGAAGACAAGGAUGAUAUGCUUGAUAGAAUUGAAAGAGAAGAGAAUGAAAGAAAAGAAAAGGAGGAAAAAGAAAGAUAGGAAAAAUUGAAAAAAGAAUAAGAUGAAUUAGAGGCUCAAAAGAAUAAAAAUAAGAAGAAACCUCAACCUGCUCCUGUUGUAGAGGAAAAAAAACCACCACCAACUGCAGUAAAUAAAAUUAGAGGAGGCAAUUCUAAAAAUAUAAGUGCAGUUUCUAGCAUAUAUAAUAUUGCAGGAUUAGGAUCAACUUCAUCUUAGUAAAAAGAUCCUUUUACAUAAACUGGAAAAUAUGGUUUUGAUUUCAAUGCAGCUAAAGAUCCUUACGAAUAUGAUUUAGAUGCACCCUUAAAGCCUGCAAAAGAUCCAUACGAAUAUGAUUUAGAUGCACCCUUGAAGCCUGCAAAAGAUCCAUAUAAUUAUGAUUAUGACGAUGAUGAUGAUGAUGCCAAUCACAAUAGUAAAUCUGGUGAUCCUUAUGCUUAUGAUUUGUCAGAAGCUGGCUUUGGGGCAUAUGGUAAAGGCAAUAAAACAAAUGAUCCUAAAAAGAAAAAAGAUGAUCCUAAAAAAAAUAAAUUUGCAGGUAGCAGUGGAUUAGGUGAUCCUUAAUCUUAUGACUUAGAUGAUGGCUAUGUAGGAGUAAGUUACAAAAAUAAAAAUUAAAAAAAUAAAUUAUAAAACGAUGAUUCAAACGAAUAUCUUGAUGAAGAUAUCGAUGACUUUUAAGACUCUAACAGAGAUCCUUACAGUUAUAAGAAUAAAAAAGACCAUAGAAAUCCAAUGUUUACUUCAAGUGAAGAUAUUGUUGGUGCAUCACAAUCCUAUGGUUUUGAUCAAAGUGUAUAAUCUGAUGUAAUGGAUGGUUUUGAUUAUUUCGAACCUAUUCAAAAGAAAAAGAGAUGA